UGUCAAUCACUAAAAAGGCAUGGGCAUUUAGGACCUUUGUCCGCUCUUACUAUUUUGGAGUGAGGAAAUUCAUCGGCCCCUAUUUAAAGUGGCCACCCGGCUCCCACGUGUCCUCCCCCUAGUUGCCAGCCGUUCCUUCACAUGAUAACGUUGCAUUCCAGCAGUGAAGAACGAAGAAACCACCGCAGCCUCACUACCACCACUCACCAUGUCCACCGCCAACGUCUCCGCCACCACCAAGCCUGAUUCCGAGCCACGAGGCAGCGGAGACGCCUUCUCAGCGCCCUUUGCUGCACAGUUCCCCGGCCACGAAGCCCCCCCUUCCGCUCCGUGGUCCGUCGCCAAGGCAUGUGAGGGGUGCAAGGCCACGGCUGCGCUGCUGUUCUGCCGCGCCGACUCGGCCUUCCUCUGCCUCGGCUGCGACGCCCGCGUCCACGGCGCGAACAAACUGGCUUCGCGGCACGAGCGCGUGUGGGUGUGCGAGGUCUGCGAGCAGGCCCCAGCCAGUGUCACCUGCAAGGCGGAUGCCGCCGCGCUGUGCGUCGCCUGCGACGCCGAUAUCCACUCCGCCAACCCUCUCGCGCGCAGGCACGAGCGCUUCCCCGUGGUGCCCUUCUACGAGCCGCCGGCGCCGAAGUCCUCCGCCUCGUGCCUCCUCGUCCCCGACCGCGGGCCCAAGACGACCGAGAAUGCGAAACUGGACGACGAGGACGAGGACGACGACCACAACUCCAUCGGUGCCGACGAGGCCGAGGCAGCGACAUGGCUUCUCCCGAACCCUAAGAUUGGCGGUGGAGAGAUGAAAUCAGCGGAUUAUUUCUUUCCAGAGGUCGAUCCUUACCUCGAUUUGGAGUAUGGCUCGCCCGUGGAUCAGAGGUUUCAGGCGCACAAUGGGACGGAUAGUGUGGUGCCUGUGCAGAGCAAAGGGAUGGGAAAUGAUCAGUGCCUGGAGUUCGAUUUCUCGAGGCCAAAGAAUGGAUACAGCUACACCACGGCUUCAAUGAGCCAUAGCGUUUCUUCUUCGUCUCUCGAUGUAGGCGUUGUACCAGAUGGCAGCGCCAUGACUGAUAUCUCGAACCCUUACAGUCGAACUCUGAAAGGAGGGCAAGAUCUAGUGGCUCAUGUCCCAUCUCAGCCAUCGUCUCAUUAUCCUCCCAUGGACAGAGAAGCCAGGGUUCUGAGAUACAGAGAGAAGAGAAAGAAUCGGAAGUUCGAGAAGACGAUCCGCUAUGCCUCGCGCAAGGCCUACGCAGAGACGAGGCCGAGAAUCAAAGGGCGUUUCGCGAAGAGAACAGAUAUCGAGGUCGAAGUCGAUCGGAUCUACUCCUCAGCCGCUGCUCUAAUGGCGGACACUAGUUAUGGAAUUGUGCCUUCUUUCUGAGAGAAACCAGAGGCCCGAAGAUCCUUGUUCUGGAGCGUGGUUUCAUGUAAUUUGAUGGGGUUUUUUUUCGCCCUUUUUGUUUUCUGGAUUAAUCAUGUUUAUGUAUAUUCAUGUAUGCUCUGAUUCCCGUUCCGAGUUAACAGUAAUCUAGCAGAAUUUCUUGUUUUCUCUC